AUGGCCGACGAGGGCGGUCACGUAGGAGGCACCUCGGACCUAGGGCCGGAGCAACAACACAUCAAUGGCGGCGCCGAGAAGCCCCGGCUGCCCCGGUUAUCCAUCGAGAACCUUCCUGAGCUGGACCAGAUACCCACGCUCAUGUCACCUCGUGUCAACACCAUGAACCCCUUCCGGCCUGUACACAACUCCCUAGAGAUCGAUGACUACUUUACUGGCCCCCGAGACACCCAGAAGCACUCAAAAUGGCCUAUCUUCAUGCAGAUGCACGGCAGUAUCCUGCCCAAGAUGAUCCUACCACUCCUCGGAGUCGGUGCCUGGACCACUAUGCUCACUGUUAUUAACUUUAAAGUGACAAACUUGGGUAUUCACAACAUCCUUCUCACGGUCCUCGGUUUCGUGGUCGGUAUGGGUCUGUCCUUUCGCAGCUCGACCGCCUACGAGCGCUAUUCAGAGGGUCGCAAAUACUGGUCCUCGUUGCUCCUGGCAUGUCAGACGCUCGGUCGUGUCUACUGGGUGCAUGCCAAAGAGCGGGAAGGCGAGCUAGGGAAGAAGGACGUUUUGGCCAAGCUAACCGCCCUCAACCUCCUGGUCGCCUUUUCCGUAUCCUUGAAACAUCGUCUCCGCUUCGAGCCCUACACCUGCUACGACGACAUCUCGCACCUCGUGGCCCACCUCGACACCUUUGCCCGGCGGGCCACCGAGGAGGAGCCAGAUAAGACGCUCAAGGCCCUCCAAGGUCCUGGCUUCUUCAAGUCGGUCGGCGAGUACAUCGGCGUCAGCUUCGCCGCCUCGAACCCGCGCAAGAUGAUUAAGAAGGCAUCUCGCCCGCUCGGCAACCUCCCCCUGGAAAUCCUUUCGUACCUAGCCACCUACACGGACGAGCUGAUCGCCGAGGGCCAGCUGCCCGUGCCUAUGCAGCAAACGCUGGCCUACAACAACAUGGCAAUCCUCAACGACGUGUUAGUGGGCACCGAUCGUGUUUUGUCCACCCCGCUGCCCAUCGCCUACGCCAUCGCCAUCGCGCAAAUCACCUGGGUUUACAUUCUGUUACUUCCCUUCCAGCUGUUGCCCACGUUGAACUGGAUUACUAUUCCGGCUACGAUCGCAGCGGCCUACAUCAUUCUGGGACUGCUCUUCAUCGGCCGCGAAAUCGAGAACCCAUUCGGUCGCGACGUCAACGACUUACCGCUCGAGUCCUACUGCGCGCAGAUCGCCGCGGACAUGGAUAUCAUUGCCAGCCGCAAGAAGAGGACGACGAACGCCGACUGGAUCGAGAAUAUCGAGAACAAGCCACUUUGGCCUUUGAGCAAUUCCGGCUGGCACGUCUGGAUGAACCGUGGCGAGGAGAGUAUUCGGCAGGCGGUCGGCCAGAAGCUGGAGAGCCAGUUUGAGACGAGGAAGGAGCUGGAUAAGUUGCAGGCUGAGCGGAGCGUGAUGGAGCGAGUUAGAAGCAAGGUUACGGGGUGUAAUGUAUGA